AAAGUCAGAGAAAAUUUGUACCAUGUGAAGCACAUAUUAGCACAGUAUACUGGCGUACUAGUUUAACAAUAGUUCACGAUGUAAGACGAUUUCUAACACUGUGGAAUAGUUCAAUUCACGGAGUAAGAGAAUCGUGAUUCAAUUGAACUAGUUCGUUCACAAACGACACACCCCCAAAUUAGAAAAUAUAAAUAUCCUUUCAGAAUGUUACAAAGAUCGCCCGUUGUCUAAGUUGUCAAAAUCUGUCAGAUGUCCACCCUAGGACCAUACCUCGAAGAGCAUUUGUAUUCAUUCAUUGCUGAGCAUCGGAAUUUCUGUUGAGAAAUCCGAGGAUUUGUACUUGUUCAUCAGAAAGAAGAGGCAGGAUUCAAGAAUCGAGGUCGUCACCGCGGGAAAUGUAUUACAAACGAUCUUCGUAAGGAUUACCAAAUUUUCGCAAGAAAAUGGCUAAUUUAGAAGCUCAUCAAGUUGCUGAAGCAAGAGAAUGCCUACAUAUUUUACUGGAAAUAUCAGAAAUGUUGCAUACAGGACUGGACCCUGAGACUCUCAGUACAUGUAUUAGGCUUAUCCAGUGUGGAGUAAAUCCUGAAGCUUUAGCUCGUGUUGUCAUUGAAAUCAAAAGAUCAGUAGCUGAAAUUAAGAAAAGUGAAGAGGAAGAUGUCAUUGGAAGAGAAACUGUUGAGAAGACAAGAAAUGACUAUUGACAUUUAACUCCCAGCUUAUUUUGAGGACUGAGAAAGGUUGUCAUAAGUGUUGGAACUAAAAUGAAGACGGAAAUUAGUGUCAUUCACAACCAAGAAAAUGUACUAGUCUUAUUCCUGUGUAGGUAGUACUGUCAGAUCAGAUUAAAAAAUAACAAAACAAGAAAAGUGCACUGGUAUUUCAUUAAAUAUAUCUUGCAAAAUGAUGAUCUGUUUUGGUCUUGCUUAUCUUCAUAUGUAAACAAACUUCAUGUAUGCAACUGCCUUUCUGUUUGUGAUUGGCUGUACCUUUUGUGCAAACACUCUUGCAAGUGUU